AUGUUGGGCGACCCGGACCAGGAGCGGGAUUUCCAGCGCUUCCUCUGCCGUGUGGAGGAGAUCUGUAAGGCUGCCGCGGGGCCGAGGCACAGCGGAGGACGUCUCGGGCCGGGCGUGGGGCGCUGCUGCCCGCGGGGAGGCGAUACCAAUUUAGUGCAAGGUUUGAGCUCUGCAGACCCAGCUGUCAAGGAAAAAGCCAUUGCUGAAACAGAGAAGAAACUCCAUGACCAAGAAACUACCAAGGAGGAGGACAGCAUAACGACUGUGGACAGAACAGUCAUCAACACAAGACCUUCAGUAGCAGUGAAUGCAGAGGCCUUUCUGGCAGCUCUGGAAAAGGAUGCAAAGGAACGAGCUCAGUGCAGGAAGAGAAAUGAGCUGCUGGCAAAUGCUCUGAAGGAGAAGGGAAACGAAGCCUUCAGGAAGGGAGACUAUGCCACAGCCAUUCAGAGGUACACUGAAGGCCUGGAAAAGCUGAAGGAUAAGCAGGAGCUUUACACAAACAGAGCACAGGCCUACCUGAAGAUGCAUGAGUAUGAAAAAGCCAUUGGUGACUGUGAAUGGGCAUUAAAGUGCAAUGAAAAAUGUAUCAAAGCCUUUUUCCUGAUGGGGAAAGCUCACCUGGCACUUCAGCACUACAGUGAGUCCAGGCAGUGUUAUGAGAAGCUCUUGCAAACAGCUCCCCACAAGCAAAGCCUGUUUGAGGAUUGUAUGAAUGAGGUAAACCUGGAGGAGAAAAGAAGGAGAGCUGAAGAGAGAGCAAUGGAGGAAGCAGAGUCUGGCAAGCUGGCUGCUGUGUCCAUAAAAGAACUGCUGCAGAAGCUUGGCAGACCUGACCAGAGCAUCCUCUACUAUGCAGGAGGCAUCAGGCUGCUGGCAGGAGCUGUGACAGGCUGCACUGAGCAAACUUUAUUUAGAACAAACAAUGGCUUCAGUCUCCUCCGAGACAACGAGGCUGUGAGAAGGGGCUUCUGUGCAGAGAGAAGCAGCAGUGCUGGAGUGGAGCUGUCUGUUUCUCUCCUCUUGCUGUGGCAAGCUGUCUGCUCUGGGAAUGAAGCAAAUCAGCAUCUUCUGUUGGCCGACCCUGAUGUGAAUGCACAGCUGCCAGAGCUGCUCUCUUCUGGGGAAGCAGAGAUCCAAAAGGAGACCCUGGCACUAAUUUCUCUUUACUCAGAGAAUGAGAAUGGGAGGAGGCUGCUGGGCAAGCACCAGGACCUAACCAGCUGGCUGCAGAUCCUGAUGAGGUUUGUCCACUACAGUGAUGCCAGGGCUGGCAGUGCCAUGGACAUCCUGGCUGAUUUGACUGCAGAGGCAAGGUUCAACUCCCAGUCUGGUGGUCUGCUUCCCCCAGGAGUCUUACCUUUAUUCACCCAGCUGCUGGCCUCGGCCAAGCAGGUGAACCAGGCAGCCCUUGCCCGCUGUGUUGGCAUCAUGGGGAAGCUGUGUGCAGCUGUGGGCACCCGAGUGCAGCUGGCAGAGUGCAGGCAGUGCUGGCAAGCCUGCCUCCAGCUCCUGGAUCAGUACCUGAGCAACCCACCCCAGUGCCAGGAGUGUGUGUUUGCAGUGCUGGGCCUGAUGAUGAACCUACUGCUUGAAUCCAAUGUGGUCAUCCAGUGCCUGGCUGUGGAGAUCAGUGGCAGGUGCAUGUCCCUCCUUGGGGACAAGCAUGGAGGCAUUGUCACAAGAGCCACUGGAGUGCUCAGCUGCAUCCUGCCAGCAGCCUCCUCAGCAUUGCAAGCAGCAGUCCAAGGAGGAGUGGUGAAGAAGAUGAUCAAAUUCCUGAGAGUUGGGGGAGAGCUCACCUCCAGUUAUGCCCUGAAGACCCUUUGCAUCUGCACCAGGAGCAGCAGACAAGCUCAGGAAGAUCUUGUGAAGGCUGAUCCAAGGUUCAGAGUGCUGCUGAAGUUGUUGGACUCAGAGAAUGAAAGGCUUGUGGGGAAUGCUGCCUUGUGCCUUGGCCAGUGCCUGGCAGUUCCUGGAGCAGCAGCCUCCUUGCUGGGUUCCAAGGUGGUGAUGACUUUGCUGAAGCAUGCUGGAGGUGAUGCUGCCAGAACCUCAGUGCAGGAGAACUCAGCAAUUGCUCUGGGGAAGCUUUGUGUGGCUGAACCAAGGCACAUUUUCCAGCUGAGGAAGCUCAAUGGCCUGGCCAUCCUCAGCUCCUCUAUGAAAUAUGUGCACAGCACCUGA